GCAGCUUUCACUAGACCAUUCUCAUACCUGGGAAUUGACUAUUUCGGACCAAUCAUUAUCAAAAACGGUCGAAAACAGGAAAAACGUUGGGGUGUCUUAGCUACCUGCCUAACGAUAAGGGCAGUUCAUCUUCAACUUGUGCGCUCGUUGACUACAGACUCCUGUAUUUUAGCUAUUCGCAAUAUCAUGGGCAGACGCGGUGUUCCUAUAACUAUCUACAGCGACAGAGGAACAAAUUUCAUAGGAGCUGACAAUGAGUUAAAACUAGCAUUAGCAGCUGUAAACCAGAACAAACUCAUUGAAGAAUUUACAACUACAGACACCCAGUGGAUAUUCAAUCCCCCGGCUUCUCCGCACAUGGGCGGAGCCUGGGAAAGGCUUAUUAGAAGCGUGAAAGCAAACUUAGCAAAGCUUAAACCCACUCACUGUCCAACCGAAGAAGUUUUAGAGAACAUGCUCGUAGAAAUUGAAAACGUUAUCAAUUCCCGCCCACUUACUGAUGUGCCGAUUGACGACGAUAACUCCCCCGUGCUCACACCAAACCACUUUAUCCUUGGUUCAUCAAAUGGGUUAAAGCCAUAUCUUCCAUUUGACGACAGCUCGCUAGCCGUUAAGAAAGGAUGGCAGUUGUCGCAGAUCAUGGCAAACGUAUUCUGGCGAUGCUGGGUACACGAUUAUUUGCCUACACUUACUCGGCGUGCAAAGUGGUACACAGAAGUAAAGCCGAUCGAAGAAGGAGAUAUUGCUGUUAUUGUAGAUCCCAAACUACCCAGAAACUGUUGGCCAAAGGGUAGAGUCAUCAGCACCACGGUGUCAUCGGACGGGCGUACACGGAAAGCUGUGGUGCAAACCGUCAACGGAAUCUAUGAACGACCAGUAGUGAAGCUUGCUGUUUUGGAUGUUGGCGAUAAGGAUAGAGCACACGAGAAGCCAGUUCCUGUGUGCACUCCGGGGGGGACUGUUACUCGCGCCAACUAAAUCAGCAAACCCCUCGUUCCUGUGUCAUGAAUCUCGCAGCUCGCGACUACGUCAAAGCGUUGUCAUUAUGACACCGAGAAGAACCAACGAAAGAAGAGGAAGAUUCGAAGAGUGUUUGCCGUGCAACCGCGUGAAAAUUGUAAAGUGUUCGCAAAACUAUUUUCUUGGGAAUUUUCUCUUUCGAGGUGGCAUAAAAGCCCCGACGUAACACCUUCUGCUCAUAUCAGCCUACAGCGCAUCAGCGCACAAUAUUAAUUAUCAUCCUACUAUCCUUAUCAAUUACUAUCCAUCGUUUGUACCAUAUUUCGAGCCAUUUAUCGAAGAAAUUCAAGGU